CAGCUGCUUCCAUUUCACUGUGGGCGUGGCGAUCACGCAGAGACCAAAACACCGCAGCUAACCCGAAUGAACAACUAAGUUAGCUUGUGAGCUAGCUAGCAACUUCUGAAAUGGCGUCGUUAUCGGCGACAGAAGCAGCGUUAUGCCCGGCUGCAGAGUCCAUAGUGCCCGCUUGUAUGUUUGCACCGGACCAGGGAUGUGCCGACGACCCGUCCGGGGAAGAGGGCUUUGAAGACGGCGAGGGUACUAACGGCGAGUCCGCGGAUUAUUUAAACCUAUGCAGCAAGAUUGUCCUUGUGAGUCCAACAGGUGAACAGUAUGACUCAUUAUUAAGGCACCUGAGGGAGCUGAUAGAUGAGGGCUGUGGAGAGACAAUCUAUGUGGUCGGAAUGGGCUCAGAUGGAGGUGACUAUGGUCUGGAUGAAAAGGACAUGGAGGCAUCAGUCGCCACAGUGAGGUCGCUCUGUGAACAAAUCGAGGCUGACCUUAUACUUCUGAGGGAGAGAACAGACACUGGGGGAAAGCUUCGCGACUACCUCAUCCGCAGGCGUGUGGGGGAGCAGGAUUUCCUGGAAGUCAGAGUGGCGGUGGUAGGGAACGUGGACGCAGGCAAGAGUACUCUGCUGGGGGUUUUGACCCAUGGAGAGCUUGACAAUGGCAGAGGCUUUGCUCGCCAGAAGCUCUUCAGACACAAACAUGAGAUGGAGAGCGGCAGGACCAGCAGUGUGGGCAAUGAUAUCCUCGGUUUUGACCAGGAGGGACAGGUUGUGAACAAGCCAGACAGUCACGGCGGCGGUCUAGACUGGACGAAGAUCUGUGAGAAAUCCUCUAAAGUCAUAACCUUCAUUGACCUGGCUGGCCAUGAGAAGUACCUCAAGACCACCGUCUUCGGCAUGACGGGACACCUGCCGGAUUUCUGCAUGCUCAUGGUUGGCAGUAACGCUGGCAUCGUUGGCAUGACCAAAGAGCAUCUGGGUCUGGCACUGGCUCUCAAUGUGCCGGUGUUUGUUGUGGUUACAAAGAUAGACAUGUGUCCAGCCAACAUCCUACAAGAGACGCUCAAAUUGUUACAGAGGUUAUUGAAGUCACCGGGCUGCAGGAAAAUCCCUGUGUUGGUCCAGAACAAGGAUGAUGUCAUCGUCACGGCCUCCAACUUCAGCUCAGAAAGGAUGUGUCCAAUCUUUCAGAUCUCCAACGUGACGGGGGAGAACAUGGACCUGCUGAAGAUGUUCCUCAACCUCCUCUCCUCGAGGACAAACUUCAGCAACGACGAGCCUGCUGAGUUUCAGAUAGACGACACAUACUCAGUACCGGGCGUUGGCACAGUAGUUUCAGGAACUACGUUACGAGGAAUGAUACGACUCAACGACACGCUGCUCUUAGGCCCCGACCCGCUGGGCACCUUCAUCCCCAUCGCCGUCAAAUCCAUCCAUCGCAAGAGGAUGCCUGUUAAAGAGGUCCGCGGUGGACAGACGGCAUCUUUUGCCCUCAAAAAGAUCAAACGAUCAUCGAUAAGGAAAGGCAUGGUGAUGGUUUCUCCGAAGUUGAUGCCCCAGGCCACCUGGGAGUUUGAGGCAGAGAUUUUGGUGCUACACCACCCCACCACGAUAUCCCCAAGAUACCAGGCCAUGGUCCACUGUGGCAGCAUCAGGCAGACAGCCACCAUCCUGACCAUGAACAAAGACUGUUUACGGACAGGAGACAAAGCCUCAGUCCACUUCCGCUUCAUCAAGACCCCCGAGUACCUUCACUGUGACCAGAAACUGGUGUUCAGGGAAGGACGCACCAAAGCUGUGGGCACCAUCACCAAGCUCCUCCAAUCAGUGAACACCCAGGCAGCUAAGGCCCAGCAGGCCAAGAUGCUGGCCAGCAAGAAGACUUUUAAAGACGGCACAACAGCCAGUGAGGAGGCUGGAUCAUCAGCACGGCCGCCCAGUCCGAAUGCAGCACAGCUUCCAACAGUGGCAGAGGAGGAGGCUCUGUGUAAAGACGGCAACAAAGAGAACAAGCUCAAAUCUGGAGGCGGUGGCCGCAGGAGAGGCGGUCAGAGACAUCGAGGGAAAGGCCUGAAUGCUGCGACAAUCUCAACGGCGGUUCCUGCAGGAACAGCAGGCACAGCCUGAAAAACACAAGCCUUUUAUUUCUCCUCAGCUCUCCUCGUCUUACAGGGAGGGAAAGUGACAGCCAUCUGGUGGUUGUACACAAAGACUGAUGCUCAUUUCUUUAACAUAAAGGAUUCCUCAACUAUUGCGAAAUCUUUUCCCCUUUUUCUCAAUUGAAAGGUUCAUUGGUGUUCCAACUUGUGGUCUUCUGAAUAUGAUAACUUUGGGUUUGAGUUUUAUUAGAGUUUUCUGAAUUUGUAGACACCAUGGUUUUUUUAUUUUAAACAAACAUUUUGGGUGUCCAUCCUGUUUGUAGUUCAUCCGAACUUAUUUGACUGCAUGACCUGUUUUAACGAGUAGAGGCAGAAGUCACUUUCCCUCCCUCCACAAACUGAUUUAUUUUCUGUUACUCCUGUUCUUUGUCAUUCUACAUCCUCUCACUUUCUCAUCCCCCUCAAUGUCCACUAGCUCACUGUUACAUUAGUCAUUUCAGGAAGUAGACUGUGUUCAGCAGUUGAAAGUUGAACAGUAAUUUCUUUAAAAAAAAAAAAAAAGCUACUCCACAUUUAUUUGGGAAUUCGUUGAACUGAAAGGGAAUUGAUGCCGAUCAUCUGUUGUUUCUGUUAAAGGCAGAAAUAAGACGUUUUGUUGGUUCAGCUUACCAUUCUGUUUGGUUGUCGGUUAAGUUGUCCUCUGACUAAACAACUUUUCUCAUGUUCUGAAUCACAAAUCAAGCAUUUGAAGCCGAGCUUCAUCCUGUGUGUCCUCUUUGCUCUGACAUCAGACAUCAUCAAACUGAUUUCUUAUCCAGGUUGGCAAAAACUGACAAUUCAUCAACACCAUGGUAUCGACAGGAUUUAUUAGCAGUUCUGAUAUCAGUCUUUUUAUAAACUAGCAUUAACUUGAUGUCCAAAAUACGGGUAUCUUGACAACCCUUUGUAACAGUGCCAAGGUUUGGUGAACUUUGAAAACAGAAACAUCAUUUUUGUCUCAUGGACCGAUGGUCACUCCAAUGCCCUCUUUAACAGCAAUUUAGUGCAAAACAGAGUUCACUGAAUGGGAAAGUUAAAUCUGUUCUGAAUGAUUAUCAACAUUGUGUUCUCUGUGUGAGAAACAUUUUGUAAUACUAAUAAUAAUAAAAGUUCAUACACACAUGCAGCCACACAACAAAGGAUCCAAGAUUCCUUUUGUUUUGUGUCAAAGUGGUUGUGUCACCAGUCACAAGACCAUAUAAGGUCACCUCAUAGUUUGCUGCAGGUAUAAGCACAGAAUACUGCCAUUUUUUGUAAACACCAAAAAGUCCAAAAGCUGAUUGAAAUAUUUUUCCAGACUUAUGUAUCUACUUUUAUGCAAACUCAAGUUGUGUCUAAAGCCAAGAAGAACAUAUUUGAUUGACAUCAAAACAUAUUGUAUAAACAGGGGCGACACAAGUCGUCGUUUAUAUUCACAUCACCUGAGGCACGUUUAAGCAGUGUCAGCCGUUUUCAGCUAACUGUACAUGAUUCAGUUUGGAUACACCAGUGGUCAAUCAGCCGGAAAUAUAAUGAGAAACAUGCUGGCAUGCUUAAAAAAAUGCUCCUCAAAAAAAAAAAAAAAUGCAGCAAACAAGAUAAGAAUGUAAUUUUUCUCAGAUUGACUCUUUCAAGCUGAAGCUUUGAACUCAUUGAACUAAACACUUGAUCAAGUCGCCAUAAGAGACAACAACGACCUGUUUUCUACACUUUUUCAACUGGUGUUAUAAAGUUGUUCAUAUUAUAAAGCGAAUAAAACAAUGUCAUUGCUUUUUCA